AUGCCUCGAACCAAAGUCGUCAUUGUCGGUGCUGCUGGAGAAACCGGCACAUCCAUUACCAAUGGUCUGUUGGAAAGGGCCACUGAAUUUGACAUCACCGCUCUUGCACGCCCCUCGUCGGUGGAUAAGCCCGAAAACAAACUCCUGGCGGAUAGGGGAGUCAAGGUGAUGCCAGCAGAGCUUUUUGGCUCGCAGGAGAAGCUCGUCAAGCUUUUGACCGGUGUAGAUGUGGUCAUCGCGGCGCUGGGAUGGAUGAAUCAGCUGGACCAAAUCCCGCUGGUCACGGCAGCAAAGGCAGCUGGCGUGCGGCGUUUCGUUCCUUGUGGGUUCAUCACAGUUGCACCGCCAAAAGGUGUCAUGUGGCUGCGUGAACAGAAAGAAGAAGUGUACAACCACAUUCGCAAGCUAUACUUGCCAUACACCUUCAUCGACGUUGGCUUCUGGUAUCAGUUUGCCACACCAAAACUUGCUUCGGGCCGUAUCGACUAUGCCUUUAUGAAUCCCGGCGCCAACGUCUUUGUCGGCGACGGAAACGCCCCGAGUGCAAUCACAGACCUUCGCGACAUUGGACGCUACGUCGCCAGGAUCAUCCUGGACCCGCGCACGCUCAACAAAAUGGUCUUUGCAUACAACGAACUGUUGACACAGGAGCAAAUAUUCCACUUACUGGAGAAGCUAAGCGGAGAAAGUGUUGAAAAGCAACGGGCAUCCGCGACUCAGAUACAUGUACAAGUAAAAGCCGCGAGAGAAGCAAUCGAGAAAGAGCCGCUUCAGCUGUCCAAUGUAAUGCAGGUCUCUGCGGCCGAGUAUUUCUUGUCAUGGGGCUUGCGCGGUGACAACACUCCGGAAUACGCCAAAUACUUGGGUUAUCUCACGUCAAAGGAGCUCUAUCCUGACUUUGAGCAAAUCAAGUACGUAGACUAUCUGAAAGAAGUAUUGGGAGGAAAGGCGAAGCCUAUAUACGCCAACCUCAAGUUGGGUUAG